UUUGGGGGCGGGGCUCUGCCGCUGGCGCUCGUUCUCGCUGCGGCUCUCGCGGUGCUUGGGUCGCGGACGCCCCGGUCGCAGCCGCCGGAGCUCGCUGGCUGCGCCCAGGCCUGAGGAGGCGCUGCCGACCCCCGAGGGGCGGAGAUUUGGAGACUAGAUGUGAAACUAACGAUUCCACUUCAAGUUUGGCAUUUCUCUGGAAAAACCAGCCUGGAAAAGAAUCAAACUUCUCUAUUGGAAGUAAGCCUUGGGUUACAGAGGCAGCAGAGUAAUGAGGAAAAACAUUUGGGAAAUAAGUCAGCCAAAGGAAAUCUACUUGAAGAUAAGAAAUUAAGUAAACUUCAGUGUAGUACCUGUCCUUAGUCUAUUACACAAAGUGUCUUUUACAGGCAGUCUCCACAAAUGUGAUAUACAGAACGAACUUUAAGCUAUUUAGUUAAAAAAAAAUAAAACAGAACCAGCUCAAAAAUGAUAUUUUCUAAGUAUAACGAUUGUGGGAAAUCCUUCAGUUAUAAUUCAGAUCUUAUUGACUACCACAGUCUAAAUACUGAAAAGAAACCUUUUGAAUGUGGGAAAGCUUUCCAAUGGAGAACUCAACUUAGUCAACAUCAGAAAAUUCAUACGAAGGAGAAACAUUAUGAAUGUGAUGAAUGUGGAAAGGCCUUCUACAAGAGGACACAGCUUACUCAACAUUGGAGAAUUCAUACUGGAGAGAAACCUUAUGAAUGUACUGAAUGUGGGAAGACCUUCCGACAGAGUGCUCAUCUUACUCGCCAUCAAAGAAUUCAUACUGGAGAGAAACCUUAUGAAUGUAGCGAAUGUGGGAGGGCCUUCAAUCACAGCUCAUCCCUUGCUUCCCAUCAGAGAAUUCAUACCGGUGAGAAACCUUAUGAGUGUAAUGAAUGUGGGAGGGCUUUUAACCACAGUGCAUCUCUUGCUGCCCAUCAGAGAAUACAUACUGGAGAGAAACCUUAUGAAUGUAACGAAUGUGGCAAGGCCUUCCGCCAGAGCACAGAACUAACUCGACACCAGAAAGUUCAUACAGGAGAGAUAUAUGUAUGUAAUGAAUGUGGAAAAGCCUUUCACCAGAAUUCACAGCUAAUUUGCCACCAGAGAAUUCAUACCGGAGAAAAACCUUACGAGUGUAAUGAAUGUGGGAAGACCUUCAACUACAAUUCAUCCCUUGCUGCCCAUCAGAGAAUUCAUACUGGAGAGAAACCCCAUGCAUGUCGAGAAUGUGGAAAGGCCUUUUGCAAGAGAACACAUCUUAUUCAACAUGAGAGAAUUCAUACCGGAGAGAAACCUUAUGAAUGUCAUGAAUGUGGGAUGUGUUUCCGCCAGAGUGCCCAGCUUAGUCGCCAUCAGAAAAUUCAUACUGGAGAGAAACCUUUUGAAUGUAGUGAAUGUGGAAGGUGCUUCCGCUUGAGUGCUGGUCUAACCAGACACCAGAGGCUGCAUAAUUGAGAGAAACUUUGAGGAAGGCUUAGCUCCUUACUCAACACCAGUUCUUAGUGAAGAAAAAAAUCUGAUGGAUGAAUGGAAUAUCUUUUUUUCCUCAUUUACAAAUUAUUAAUCCAUCUUUUUAGAUGCGUCCCAACAAAUACUUAAAUACCCUGAUAAUGUACAUUCCUAAAAAAAGUUUUUCACUUGUUAAAAAAAAGGAGAGAUUUGUGCUUAUAUUUUAUAUAUUAUUUGAUUUAUAUUGACUACUGUAUUUUGUAAGGUUUGUUUUCCUCCUGAGUGCUGACUUUAUUCCAUUGUUGACGCAUUUGUAGCUGUUGGUGCUUUGCCUCAGUUUUCCUUACUGUGCCACUUUUCAAACACAUUAUCCCAAGUUUCUUCUAACUUACCUUUAUUAUCCCUUGCUACCCAGUAAUACUCCUCAGUAUUUUUAUACUACUAGUUUGUUCAGUCAUUCUCCACAUGUAACAAAUGACUGUACUUGAUGUACUUCAGAAUAUGUUUAUUGAGACUGAUUCCUUUAGUGUCUUCCCUGAGGAUAAUUGCAGUAGUGGAAUCUCUAGGUUAAAGAGGUAUCAGCAAUUUAUUUUCUAGAGUGGUUGAGCUCAUUGACAGCUCCAAACAAUAUUUUUGCCUUCUUCUAACCAACUAUAAAUUAGUGGUCCCACCAUUUUUUAACUUGAUAUGUGAAAGGCAAUACUUCUGUUAGUUUUCGUAGAAAGUUUUUGGUAUGUUUUGACCACUUGUAUUUUGGGAACAAGUGUUAGCCUAUUAACAUAUGGUAGUUUCCCUCUGGUUUUAAAUGUUAGAGAGAUAUUUAAUGCAAAAACUUUUUGCCCAUGAUCUUUUCUUUUGAGACUGACUGCAUUAAUUUUUAUUUAUGCAAAAAAAAAUUUAACUUUACAUUAUCCUAAUGGUGUUUUUUUUUCUUUUGUGAUCUAUCUUGUGAAUGAUUAAUAAUUCUCUCUUUCCAUAGUUGUGGGAUAAGUAGGCUUUAAUUCCCCUUUAGUUUAGGUUUUUUUUUUUAAAUUGUGUGACUUUUUAUAGUCGGGUCAUAGCCAUUGGGAACUUUUUGUGGAAUUUGGCAUAACAUAUUCAUCCAAACUUUGUUUUAAACCAUACUACUUUCCAUUUUUUCCAGGAUCUCUUCAUAUAGUUCCUUUCCCAGUAGUUCAUGUAUUUUUUAGUUUGCCAGAUUCUACUAUGUACAUUUAUUCCUAAGUCUUAAUUAUCUACUUUGUCUUAUUGAUCUACUUUUCUGUAUUUUAUCCAGUGCCAGAUUGUUUUGAGAAUUACUGCUUUGAUAAUGGACCUAGCUCCUCAUAUAUUUGCCUCAUAUACUUUGAAAUGUAAUAUAACAAUCAUCCUUUAAUCCUAUUAUUUUUCAUUUAUGUUCCUUUUCACAGUGAUUAUAUUUGUAAAAUUACUCUCUCCAGACUUUAAACAUAUUGAUUUCAUGGUUUUCAUAGAGAAACCUAGAAGCUGAAUGGAAAAUUAUCAGUAAUCAAGAAAAACAAUAACUUCAGUAAAGCAGCUAUACACAAAAGAAAUCCAUUGAAUUCAUCAGCUUUUAUAUGUGUCAAUAAAAUUUAGGAGAAGAAAUUAGGAGUUCUAUCUAAGGUCAAAUAACCUGGAAAUUAAGCUGUAAAGACAUACAUUGGACUUAUAAAAAUAGAGCUGCAAGACUUUUUACAGGAAUAAAAGAUCUGAAUGAUUGCAGAGAAAUUCAGUGUUCUUGGAUAGACUGUGCCAAUAUAAUAGUAAUGAAGUGAUUGCCAAAUUUCAGAGUUGGUGACAUAGCAGGAUACUUAAGGGGCACUUUUACAAUUAGACAAAUUUUAUUUGUUUAAAAAAAAGUCAAGAUACCAAGGACUACCUGGAAAAUAAUAAAAUUGUAACUUUGGGGGUACCAUGCCAUUUAGGAAGAUUUGUUGGCAUCUGAACUGAAAUUGAACUCUGGCAAUUGACCGACAACUAUGGUGACAUUUCUAUCUAGAAGAACCUUCCUAUCCUCGAGAUUGAAAGGUAAAUUAUGAUGAACCUCCUGAUUUGUUUCAUAGAAAUGUGAAUGCAGAUCAUAUGGUACCUGGACCUUUGGGGGACUUAUACAACAUCGGCUUCUGAGAGUGAGUGGUUAGAGAAUCCUGCUUAUUGAUUUAAUAAUUUUGAUUUAUUUACCUCUCCUGUCUUCUCUGUAUUGGUUCAUCCUAUGUUAUACUCCUAUUUCAUGUAGCUGUUAUACGUCCUAUUGAGUUUUUGGGUUAGUGGUUAUAUCUUAGAGUGUGAGAUUAGAAUUCAGAGGACCUGACCUGGAAUUCCAGGGUCCAGUUGGACCCUGGGGAGUCUCAGAAUCUGUGUCUCAUUUUCUUCUUUUGUAUAAUGGAGAGAUUGGGUUAAAUAACCUAGGAGUGUCUUUCCAGCUGUGAAUCUAUGAUCCUAUGAAUGAGAUAUGGGGCUGGAAACUUAGGAAGAGGAGGGAAGUGAUGAAAAUUUUAGAUAUAUUGAAAAGUUGAUUAAAGACCAAGGAUGCAUCAUUUACUAAUUAAUCACAUACUUUGCUCUAGCUUCAAACCAAGUAGGUGCUAGCUAAUGGUGAUCUAGAGAUAUAUUUAACCAAGUUCAUAUAGAUAAUUUGCUGUUUAUUACAAUGAUUGAAAAACACCAACCUCACUGUGUAGUAUACAAUGCAUUAGUCCAGGUUGCAUCUUAUGAUUUGCUUAUGUUCCUUUUUCACCUUGGAAUUGGGCACUCUGUUUCACGUUCUGUUAGGUCAGUAAUAGUCUCAUUAACAAGAGAAGGCCAGAUUGGUAGUAGAAAUUACUGAUGUGACAAACCAUCCACUCAGAAUAGGUUAUUGGAGCAGGCUCUGACAGUAAUACAUAGAGGAGACCUUUUGAAGCUCCGAUGAUUGUUCUGAAUACCACUUCUGAAUCCUUUUGCCAUCUGGGGGAUUUGAGGGAGGAAUUAGAGCAGGGACUCAAGAAUGAAAGGAGUUGUAUUUUUCUUGGAAGAACUAAUUGUUUUCCCUUACUUGAAAGGGACAAUUUCCCAUCCAUCCAGAAUUAAGCUCUUAUAUCAUCUGCCCAAUAUAAAGAUAAGUUGAAUGGAAUGAUACAUGGUUCAGGAGCAAAACCUUUCCCAGAAGCAAAACAAGAUGAAAAGGAUUUAGGCUCAGAAAAAUUAUAAAAGAUUAAUCCAUAAUUCAGUGUACAUCAGAGUGCCUUCUUCCUGUCAGGGUAAAUAUUUUGGCUCUUAAAAAAAGAGAUCUCUAAUAUUUAUGCACUUAUCAAACUUGUAUCUGUAGAAACAAAUGGUUUCAACAGCAAGACAGAAAAUGAAAGAGAAAGAGGUUGCUAGAAAAGAGAAUAAAAAUACUCGGGGCUUUCAAGGUGGCAGAAAAUGAAGAGGAUGGGAGUUCUCUCAGAAACCAACUCAAAAAUUGCUACAAUUUCCAAAUUUCUAUGAUAAUCUCUUUUCUUACUACUUGUCUCUUGGUUACACCAUGUGUUUCCAUAGCUUUUAGGGCCCAUAGCAUUUUCCCCAGAAACACUAUCCUGAUUCUUCUGAAAAUUAAGUUUUCUUCACAGAGUGUCCCAAGCAGUGCCAGGAUGACUGCUGCAGGCCUUUAGAUAGCCAGAGUAGCAGCAGGGAUAGCGCUCUGGGACCUGAGAGGGCUUGCCAUUUACUAUGAUUUCUCCUCUCUUUAUGCUUUGUUUAAAUGGCAGUGGCAGUUUUAUUGCUAUUGGUAGCAUAUACUUCCUUAAUAGUCUGUUACAGCUAUAAGACAUGAGUGGAGUGCCAAAGAGUGACCCUUGGAGGACAGCAGUUAUUGACCAAUUCCAGUCCUGACUCUGUUUACAUUCAAUGCAGUAGAAACAAACUGCACGGCUCACGGUCCCCUUAAGUGUCUAUUUUCCAAGAAUCUCUUAGGUCAUGGCUUCUCCACUAGAGAUAGGUAAAGCUGAGCCACUUGGCCUAAUCUGUGUCUUUCUGUAACUUGCCCUUGCAGUGCCUGGCACAGAACCCAUUGUCCAGGAUCCCUAUAGUCUUGGACCCUGUGGGAACUAGCUUCAUGAGAAAAGAUUCAGAACAAACUCAGCUGUGUCACUAUUGGCUACCCAUCCCAUUGCAUCAGUGGGUGUGGAAGCACACUGGGAGACUAGUCAGGCUGCUGGACCACAUUUCUGCAUGGCAUUAUCAGUGGGGCUGAUCAUUCCUGGGUGCUGCAAGGUACUGUUUCCAUUGUUGAUAGAACUGUUGGUUGAUACCUGGUCCUGCCUGCAAUAAACCACACUUCUUUCAUGCAGUAACUUGGUCUUGUGUAGUUACUUCUGAAUUGUUUUCUUCAAAUUUGAGUAUGAAUGACAUAGUACAGCUUGAAGUCUGUAGAGCUCAGAAUAAGAAUCCUGGCUGUGAUACGUACUAGUUUAGGGAUCAUGGGAUAGGCCCCUUAACCUCUCUAUAAGAGGAAAAUGGGGAGGUUGGGAAAAUCCUCUGAAAUAGUGCAAAUGAAACCCUUUGUGAUCCUUACAGAGUUAUGAAAACAUCAUAUAGUUCUAGUCUAAACCUUUUGGCCACAGAUGGCAGGAAUCGGGAACAUUGAGGAAAAGCUCAGAAAGGUCAAUUCAUAUUCAAUAAUAGGAAACAGGGCUGCCUAGAAAUGCAAAGAGCUGUCUUGGGAAGUGAUAGAUUCCACCCCUGAAAGUCUUCAAGCAAAGAGAUGGUUGGGAUUCAUUUGGGUGGGACCUAGAUGACUGCCCAAGUCACUUCCAGUUCAGUUUUUCUGACAGGCAGAUGACCGUCCUCCUUUGUGUUAUUUCAAUAGUCCUCUAGAGAGCUUUCAUUCUGCCAUCCAUCCCUCAAGCUAUUGCCAAGGUUCUCUACUAGGGCUAAUCUCUUACUUCUUGGCAUUUAAAAGGUCUCCCGAUCUACAUUUCAAGAAUAAUGUUCAUUGUUUAUUAUGCUCUUCUGUAAUUUCCUCCUUAAGUUUGCACAUAUAUUUUUACAGGUGUUUUAUGACCAAACAUCACUAUAGGGGCAUGUUAUAAAUGAGUGCUUUCUCCUUAUGAUAUGAUUAUAUAACAGUUCUCAGUAGAGAAACAAAAUAAACAUUUUAAAAGUUUGUUGCA